GAAGAAAAAAACCAACUUUGGCCAAGUGGGUUUCGGACUGGGCGACGGGACCCCGCGGCUCGCGCUGCGCCGCGUUCCACGUGACGAGGCGCGCCCGCAAAGAAAAGGGGGUGUGAACGCGCGAGGAGCGCGAGUACAGCUGGAGCGCGACCCCGGCAGCCGAGGCAGAUGCGCUGAGAGCAGGAGCCGGCAGGACCAUGGUGUCGAUGACGCGCGCGCACUGAGAGGGGAAAAGUGGCCACGCGGAGAGCGCGGGACAGAGUCCGCUUGGAGGAGGAGGAGAAGAAGAAGAAGAAGAAGAAGAAGUAACUGGUGGCCCGCGAGGGAUGCUGGGCGCGCUCAGCUCCUCCCGGACUUGCGAAGAAGGCACCUGAGAACAUCUCGGAGCUGGACCUGACCUGUCCUCCACCAGCAUCCUGCUCAUCCUCAGCCCGUCCGUCCAUCAUCCUCGCCAUCAGCCCGUGGACCUCGAGCGCGUCUCUCGGACCUUCGCCGGCGCCUCUUUCGCUCCACGCGUCCCACCACGCCGAUCAUUAGGGGUCCGAGGAGGACCUCCGCGAGCCCAUCCUCUCGACCCUCCGCUCCUCCUCCGCUCCGCGCCCGCAGGACAUCCUCGGUGCGCGUUCGGCGCGGGGUGCCGCUCUCGUCCCGCGGCGCGCGCGCGCCCGGACGCCCCUUCUCGUGCCCACGCGCGCGGGGGGCCACCUGGCAGCCGCCCCGUCUCAUGUGCCGCGGCGCGCGGUGCCGCCCCGGCGAGUCCGACGAGGAGUAGCGGAGGAGCGCGCCCGGCGUGCGGCGCACGAGGGGCGCCCUUGACAUUUCCACGCGCGCGCAGGAGGAGAGAACAGCCGCCCAGAUGCACUUCAGACUCUUCUCCUUUGCCAUCAUCGUCCUGAACUGCAUGGAGGAGAGUCAGUGCCAGGGCCACCGCUGGAGGAGGACCAAGAGAGCUAGCUAUGGCGUGUACCCAAUCUGCAAAGGGUGCUCCGUUUGCUCCAAGGACAACGGCUGCCUCAACUGCCUGCCCAGGCUCUUCUUGUUCCUGCGGCGGGAAGGCAUGAGGCAGUACGGGGAGUGUCUCCACGCCUGCCCGGCGGGCUACUACGGCCUUCGCGCUCCCGAGUUCAACAUCUGCUCACGGUGCAGGAUCGAGAACUGCGAGUCCUGCUUCAGCAAAGACUUCUGCACCAAGUGCAAAGCAGGCUUUUACCUCCACAAGGGCCGCUGCUUAGAGGACUGCCCCGAAGGCUUCGCCCCGCUCGACGACAGGAUGGAGUGUGGAGAGGGCUGUGAGAUGGGCCAGUGGAGCGAGUGGGGUACCUGUGUGCGGAGGAACAAAACCUGUGGCUUCAAGUGGGGUUUGGAGACCCGCACGCGGGAAAUCACGAAGAGCCCCCCCAAGGAUGCGAUACCCUGCCCCGCCGUCGCCGAGUCGCGGAGGUGCAAGCCAGCCAUGCGGCACUGCAGAGGCUCUGGAAAGCAUCGGUCCAAAGAACCAAAGAGGAAGUCCAAGAAGGAGAGGCUCCAGGUUCGAGCGCAGAAGCAGCACAGCGACCACCUGGACACCGUGAGGACCCGCCAGUGAGGACUGCGAGGACGUCCCCCGAAGACAGAAAGAAGGAAAGAAGAGUGCACAAACGCUGCUAAGCGCUGCUCCACACACGCUCCAGCACCCCCUCCCCAGCCCCGCCCCGCCCCGCCCCUUCCUGUCCACCGGUGGCACGUUCCUCCCGGGAGGCCUCGGCUCCACAGCGCUUGUUCCUCGUCCUUUUCGCUCAUAACUCAUCGUGUCUGGAAGGAGAAGAGAAGAGUGGGAGGCGGAUGCCGACGCGGGUUCGAGGGCGGGGAGAGGCGGCCGAGCGGAAAUCGACGAUCCCGACAGACCGAAGACGACGGAGAGGGAGGGCGGAAAACCUCGCGAGAACGGCAGGCUCAACGGAUGUGAAUUAUGUCGAGAUUGAGAAAAGAAAAAAAAUCAAAAAACUCUAUUUAUGUAACAGAGACGCUUUUUCCUGAAGGAGGUGGACAGUUUCCUGAACGGCCUUCGUGUUCGUGUUCCUUCUGUACGUUCCGAGAGACAGACAGACAGACAGACAGACAGACAGCAGGCGCCACGCAUCGGUACAGCGUAUUUUAUUCUCAGCACAGAACGUUUACGUCCAAAACCGCUUCACGCUCUACCUGUAUAUUGUGGAUAAAGAAAUUUAGUUGUUCCGACUAGCAUGGCAGAUCUCGUGUACAUCGUGCUGAGUUCCAUCUAAUAAAUAAACUUAUUACUGUAUUUUCAGUAUUGAAUUCUACAUGUUUCCAAAUGUGUUCCCAUUAGAAUAAAAAAAGUUGUAAUACAGCUAUAGGUAAAAAAAUAAAGUAAAAGAAAAACAUAGCCAUUACAUAGAUAUUACAUUUAUAUGGUAUA